GGCGAGAGGGAGAGGGAGAGGGCGAGAGAGCAGCGGGGAAGCGCCGUGAGCUCCGAGCGGGGGGGGCGGAGCGGAGACGCAGGCCGCCCGGAGACGUCCACACCCCCGGCCCAGCCAUUCAGCCCGGACCCGGGGCGUCCAUGGGGCACCGCCGCGGCCCGACCCGGAUCGCGACCCCCGCCCGCCGUGCGCUUCGGUCCUGAUCGGGAGUUGGGACUUGGCGAGAGCAAGGGCACGGCCCGAGAGGCCCUGUGGAGCACCAUGGCUGAGCACCUCCUUCCCCAGGCCUUGUAUCUCAGCAAUAUGCGGAAAGCUGUGAAGAUAAGAGAGAGAACUCCAGAAGACAUUUUCAAACCUACCAAUGGGAUCAUCCAUCAUUUUAAAACCAUGCACCGAUACACGUUGGAAAUGUUCAGAACCUGCCAGUUCUGUCCCCAGUUUCGGGAAAUCAUUCACAAAGCUCUGAUCGACAGAAGCAUCCAGGCUUCCCUAGAAAGCCAGAAGAAGCUCAACUGGUGUCGUGAAGUCAGGAAGCUUGUGGCACUGAAAACCAAUGGUGAUGGAAACUGCCUCAUGCACGCUGCUUGUCAGUACAUGUGGGGAGUUCAGGACACAGACUUGGUCCUGAGGAAGGCGCUGCACAGCACGCUCAAGGAGACGGACACACGCAACUUCAAAUUCCGCUGGCAGCUGGAGUCUCUGAAGUCUCAGGAAUUUGUGGAAACGGGGCUGUGCUAUGACACUCGGAACUGGAAUGAUGAAUGGGACAAUCUUAUCAAGAUGGCAUCCACAGACACCCCAGUAACCCGGAGUGGACUUCAGUAUAAUUCACUAGAGGAGAUUCACAUAUUUGUCCUUAGCAAUAUCCUCAGGAGACCCAUCAUUGUCAUUUCAGACAAAAUGCUAAGAAGUUUGGAAUCGGGUUCCAAUUUUGCCCCUCUGAAAGUAGGUGGAAUUUACCUGCCUCUCCACUGGCCUGCCCAGGAAUGCUACAGAUACCCCAUCGUCCUCGGCUAUGACAGCCAGCAUUUCGUACCUCUGGUGACACUGAAGGACAGUGGGCCUGAAAUUCGAGCUAUUCCACUUGUUAAUAGAGAUCGAGGGCGAUUCGAAGACUUAAAAAUUCACUUCUUGACUGAUCCUGAAAAUGAGAUGAAGGAAAAGCUAUUAAAGGAGUACUUGGUUGUGAUAGAAAUCCCAGUACAGGGCUGGGACCAUGGCACAACACACAUGAUUAACACUGCCAAGUUGGAUGAAGCUAACUUGCCCAAAGAAAUAAAUCUGGUGGAUGAUUACUUUGGACUUGUCCAGCACGAGUACAAGAAAUGGCAGGAAAACCAGGAGCAGGGCCGGAGAGGGGCACAUGCGCAGAACCCUCUGGCACCUACCACACCCCAGCUUUCCCUGAUGGAUAUAAAAUGUGAAACUCCCAACUGUCCUUUCUUCAUGUCUGUGAACACCCAGCCUUUGUGUCACGAAUGCUCAGAGCGGCGCCUGAAGAACCAAAAUAGACUCCCAAAGCUGAACCCCAAGCCUGGCCCUGAAGAGCUCCCUGGCCUGGCACUUGGGGCAUCUCGAGGGGAGGUGUAUGACCCCUCGGCCUGGAGCCCCAAGGAGCCAUCUGGGGGGCCUCAUUCAGCCCCACCAACAGCACCCAGCCUUUUCCUGUUCAGCGAGACCACCGCCAUGAAGUGCAGGAGCCCUGGCUGCCCUUUCACACUGAACGUGCUACACAAUGGAUUUUGCGAGCGCUGCCACAAUGCCCGACAGCUAAACGCCAGCCACACCACAGACCCCACAAGGCAUUUAGAUCCUGGGAAGUGUCGAACCUGCCUCCAGGAUGUCACCAGGACGUUUAAUGGGAUCUGCAGUACUUGCUUCAAAAGGACUACGACGGAGCCCUCUCCCAGCCUCACCUCCAGCAUCCCUUCUUCCUGUCACCAGCGCUCCAAGUCCGACCCCUCUCAGCUCAUCCAGAGUCUCAACCCACACUCCUGCCACCGAGCUGGAAGUGAGGCCCCCUCCCCUUGCCUCUCCCAGGCAGCCCGGACUCCAGGGGACAGACCGGGAACCAGCAAGUGCAGGAAAACUGGCUGCAUGUAUUUUGGGACUCCAGAAAACCAGGGCUUUUGCACACUGUGUUUCAUCGAGUACAGAGAAAACAAACAUUUUGUUGCUGCCUCUGGGAAAUCUGGCUCCACUACCUCCAGGUUCCAGAACUCAGUUCCAUGUCUGGGGAGAGAAUGUGGCACCCUUGGAAGCACCCUGUUUGAAGGCUACUGUCAGAAGUGUUUCAUUGAAGCUCAGAACCAGAGAUUUCAUGAAGCUAAAAGAACUGAAGAACAACUGAGAUCAAGCCAGCGCAGCCCUCGAACCACACAGGGUGCAUCAAGGCCCAAGUGCAUGCGGGCAUCCUGCAAAAAUAUCUUGGCUUGCCGCAGUGAGGAACUCUGCAUGGAAUGCCAGCACCUCAGCCAGAGGGUAGGCCUUGCACCCCACCGGGUUGAGCCUGCUCCUGAAGAGACCCCCAAACAGCUCUGCCGGGCCCCUGCCUGCGAUCAUUUCGGCAAUGCCAAAUGUCAUGGCUACUGUAACGAGUGCUUUCAGUUCAAGCAGAUGUAUGGCUAAGCAGAAAUGGGUGGGCCGGCCCUGUCUAGAGGGGCCUCGAGCUGCCAGCCAGCGUGGUGCUACACUCCAAACCCCUGGAUGCCACAGCAGGUGGAAGCCCCGGGCACAGAGGUCUGGAGGGUGUCUUUGGGCAGGGAAGGGCAGAUGAGCUCUUCAUUCAUGCUGCCUGUGAUGCUCAGGUUUGGUAACUGGCAAUCUCCUCAAGUGGUUUUAGAGCAAAGCCUUGUGACUGGCAGUGCAUGGUGUUAGUUCCAGCCCAGAAUUGCUCUCUUAAAAAGCAAAGGGCUGGGAAUGUCUUUGGACUUGGAAUGUGUGCUGGGACAGGGAGAGGCCCCUGAACGUCUCCUGCCAGGGCUGUUUGAUCAUGUUCACAAGAAACAGGAAGGACAUAGACAGGCAGGUGGGGGCCAGGGAGCCAUCCCGCUGCCAGCCAUUCGCCUCUUUGACAGUCCUCCAAGGCCUUUGCCUGAAGUUCAUGGGAGCUCAGGGAAAACGGACAUAUCUCAAGUAUGUCUGUGGUCAGUGGUUUUUUCCCACCGUGCCUGGGCUGUGAUUGAGGCUGCUGAGACUGAACUUGAACUUGUACAUGUGGGGAGAGAAACAAGCUGCUCAUGACAGUACACACUUUUCACAGAGUAUGUUUGUGAGAAGACAGGUAUCAUUGGGUUCUUACUGUCUUCACAUCUAAAGAGCUUAGCCUGAACCAAAGUGUGUACUUAAAUAAUAUACCCCUUAUAUGAUAUAUGAGGGAUUUUUUAACAAUGACAAAAUGCUGGCCUAGAGGUACAAGUAAGAAGUAUAAGUAAUGAUGACCUGUUUUCUGGUUGUUGUUGGGCAUCCUCUGUGCACAGCUUAUUACAUGAACUCGUCGGGCUCCCUUCUGAAAGGGAACCCUUGAGUCAUCUGGUUGUUAAUUCACUUUAUUUAUUACAAAUGUCCAAUUUAUUUAAAUAAAGAUAUUUCUUCUGCUCUGGGGAGCAUGCUGCA